CGAAACGCAGACCAAGGAGAAGGAGCAGUGGCCGCUUCCGGUGGAGGUCUCGUAGCAAUGGAUGAGACUUGUGGAACGCCGGCAAGCCUAAACAUGUCAGACCUCGUUACGCCGAGUCAUUUACUGGAGUGUAAUGCGGCUUCAGCGUCUGUAGUUUCGAGGUCGAAGCCCACGAUUGAGGAGGUAGAACAGCGAAUAGCAAAUCAUGAAGGCAGUUCUUAUCUUCAGGACAUGAUAGAUCUGGGGCACGAACACUUCAUCAACGCAGCAGAAGGAGGAAGAAGUGAACACCAACCACCUAAGACCAGUCCCUCGUCGUAUAGUGAAGCUGCGCCAUCUUCUGCCUCAGAGAGCACAACGGCGAUCGAUGACCUAGAAAAACCCGGAAUCGAUGAAGUGGAAAAGCAAAUCGGAAUAGCAGCAGGGGGGGAGGUGGGAGAUAGCAGUUGCCGAGUAAACGAAAGAGCAACACGACAAAUUCAACAAGAUGAAGGAAUUCUUCCCGGUGGCGAAGUGAUAUUUGCGCCGUUGAAUCACCCGUCGCAGAAGGCACUCUUCCCGGUCCAACAAGAACCCCUCUUUUUUAACAAUUCUAGUGAACAAGAGAAGCAUCAUCUUCCAUCUCACACGCAAAAGGAGUCGAGUACAGACACGCAGAAGGCAUCACUCUCACCUAGUGCCGAGAGCUGCGAGGUGGAGGCAUCAACAUGCCGUCCAGAAGCUGUAACAGAGCCUGCGACCGCACCAACUACCGCAGUUCUAAAUUCGACUGAACAGUUUUCAGAAGUUUUCCCGGAUAAUUUGGAGACCACAGCAGACGCCUUGGAAUUCCUAGCGAAAACGUCGGGUAGGGGUAUGAUCAGGCCGUCUUUGAUUGGGGGUAUACAACUUCGCUCUUCGCAGCCUAGCGCGCUGCUAGGCCCAUGCUCCGAGAGUCCAGUGCUCAGUGCAGGUGAGUUCCCAGAUGAAUCCUCGUCCUCCACCGAUGCCGAUGGCGACGAGGACGAGGCUUGCGCAGUUAAUAACUACGAGCAGGAUGCUUGUUGUGGCACAGGAGGUCCAUUGGUGGAAGGGGCUGGCACAAGAAUUGAUAGGAACGACAUCAGCGAGGAGAUGCAUAGCAAGGAUAACACAACAACGGUGGUAAGCAAGAAUAGACUAGGAGAUGCUGUUGACGAUGAUCCGGCUGGGGCAUCGCUGAUGAAUGAUAUGAUCGAGAGUCGAGCGGACCGGGAUACUCAUGGUCCAACGGAAGCGGUAGUGGAGGUAGACAGAAAGCCGCAUCAAGAACUGUUCCCUCCAGGGCGGGAUAGAUCGACCGUUCUUGACUGUCCUGCACUGCAGAUGGGAAAACCACGAGAAUCGCCAACGGCAGCGGGUAACGAGUUGCGGGAGGUGGUCGUGGUCGGCAGGCCGCCGACUAUGCCAGGGACUCAGAACAGUAGUCCAGAGUUAGAGGAGUGCGAACCUCCAGAAAGGGAUGGAAACGAGAUGAAAGUUGAAAGUGCCCUGCUGCGUAGUAGACCUACUGAGGAGUACGAUCAGCAAGAAAAACAAGAAGGAACAUCUGACGCACGGCUCGGGCACUUUGUCGUAGAUGAAAAUGACCUUGACAAUCAUGUAGACGUGUCUCUGUUAUCAGCAUCGAAUUUACGACAACUGCCACGACGCUACAGCACAAGUGCACGAUUCGAUUGUGCUUCCGAGGACGAGCCAGACUUUAUCACUGGUGCUUUGGAGAGAAAUGCUGGUGUGCUGACGUCGUCGGCAGUGGCGGCGGACGCGCAUCUUCAUGCUACGGAUAUGGAUGCAAACAAAGUCGCUGAAGGAUUCGCAGAUCUAGCAUUGUCUCGCGCGCCAUUGACUCCCGACUCCACCUCCGUAGUUCAGCGUGGUUCUCAGCGCUUCCAGCGAAUCCUAGCAGAGCAAGAGCGAGCUGACAUUGCAGCACCGCGUCGUUUUCAUACCAGAGCGCGCAUGGGAACAUCGCAUCCGCCAGGCACAAACUUUCUGACACCGAAGAUUGUCCAUACACUGAUGAUGCCGCCAACAGACUCGUCUAGUACAAUAAAGAGCAACUAUCGUCGAACCUCAUCUUCCACAUCCUAUUGUACGAGAAACAAAACUGCAUCUUCAUCCGCGAACUAUGUUACUGGGUCCACAACAGGCACGACGAGCGGUUAUGCUAACAAGGUGAUUGGGGCAAAAGAACUCCUGUCCGAUUUCUACAACAUUAAUUCAGCAACUUUCAGUGCUUCGGCGCAAUCGCCGGAUUUCAUUUCGCUUGCAACCCUACUGCCCCCAUCUGCGACGGUAAAAAUGCCAAAGUCGAUGCUUUACAACAACCACGCGAAAAAGCACAGCAAAACUUCUUUUGUUCCAGCGUCCCGAGUUGGUAGGGGAGGGACGAGGCCGAAGACGCCAACGAGCUGUCUGAACAACGGGAACAACGGCGCACAACACCCGGGGACUACGAAUGGGCCCCCUCGGCAGCCGCAGAAUGUCGAUAUCGAAGGAGACCAUGACGUGGAGACAGAACAUGAUGCUGAAGAUCCCGUAGCCACGAUUACUGCACUGAAAGCGGAGCUAGCGGCGCGAGACCUGCUGAUAAACGAGUUUCGGCGAAUUUCACUUGAAAAAGACGCGGAAAUAGCGCACCUGCAACAUGACUUGGCGCAAAAGAAUGCGCAAGAAAGAAAACUGCUAGUGCAAGAUGACCGCCGAGGCGUGAAACCUGAGUUGCAAGAACUGAAGCUGUCGGAGGACGGUUACCGCGAAACAGAGGACGGCGACCUAGCUAUAAGCGCCAAGGACACGACAUUGGAAGAUGCUUCUCUACAGCCUCCAGCUGACAAGGGAGAAUCUUCUCCUGCUCUCUUCGGGACCGAGGACAUUUGUCUUCUUAAUGCUCCUGAAGUAGUCGAAGACCACGUGGACACGACGAGGGAUGUCAGCCUUGGAUCGCAGCAACAAGAUGAUCACGAGCGCAAGCACCCUGCUUCGACGUCUCCCGAAGGACAACAAGACGUCCUUGCGCGCCAUUUUGCAGCACUAGCGGAAUGGUACGCCAAGCAUCGUAGCGCAAGUCCUUCGAGAAGUACAGCCUCUAAGAGUACAGCCACUGCAAUUUCAAGAACAUCCAAAAAUACAACGAGUUCGUCUUCAUCAUGUGCGCAAAGUAGAUCGGGAUCAAAACUCAGUAAUGCACAAUCGAAAAUGAAAAUGAAAAGCACGUCCAAAGGCAGUACAACUACAACUGGGGGUCUUACGUUGCUUUCCUCCGCUGGCGAUAGCACGACAUGUGUGUCUGGAAGCACGAAUGUAGUAGAUCCUCGACGAAUCAUGAAGCACUUUUAUCGCACGGCAGCUCAGAACAAGCAGGAGGUAACUGGAUCAAAAGAGACGGAGAGAAAUCAAGACGAGAACCCAAGAAAAAUGGGUGUCGCGCAGCCUCCUACGACUACUGCGUCAGUGCCUUCAUCACUGCAAGCAGACGUUGAAGGUGGAGGAAAAUCGCUUUCGAAGAAUGUAAGUAUGUACGGACGAGCAGGACGGGGAAAAAAAAAGGUGGUUCAAAUACGAAACGACUUGCAGCAAACUGCACCUAUGGAACUUCAUCGAAACACCACGACGAGCAGGACGUCGGGACCUUCGCCGUCGUCGUCUUCAUUGGCAUCUUCCGGAACGCUACAGAAAUUCUCAACAAAGCCAGCGGCUAAGCAGACCGAAUCCCUGUCGCAGCGGCGACGCGUUCCUCAGCAGGGAGAAGGCCCUGCAGUAAGAUAUACACAAGAACAACAAUCUUUCGAGCCCAAAAAAUCGCCACGCACAACACAGGUCGCACCGGGGUACUCUGUCUAUCUGAAAAAUUUCACUCGAAAAAUCGCGCAGGAAGGCUACCAGAUCUUCUAA